UGUUGGAGACGAAGAAGAAAACCUCCAUGGCGACGAAGGACGCGAACACUCGCUCUUUUCAUUUACUAAGAAAACGAUUUAAAGUGUGUCACGGUGGCCAUGAAAAGGAUAAACGACCGACGCGUUUAGCGUGCUCCUCUAUGUUCGAUGGCGGGCUCUUCACAAUAAGUGACAAGAUCAAGCAGUUAGCCUCCGCUCAGCCGCGGGCGGACCAAGAUGUGGCGGCGAGGCGGCACAAGUGACGCUCUCAAGCGGGCUCGGGCGCUGCUGGCCGCCAAGAGCAACAAAACCCAGCACAGCCACAACCGAGCAGCCGAUGCGGCGUGCGUCGCGAUCUCAUCGGCAGGACGCCAAAAGCCGAGCGUCUUCCCCAAGCGGCAGCAACGUGUUGUGGGAUGUGUCCCUGCUCGACUCGUCUCGGGAAGGACGAGGUGCCCCUGGCGCGUCUCACUCACCGUCCAAAGCCGGAGGAGGACGCUUCCUGAAGAAGCCACCACCUCCGAUCCUGCAUGAGGACAAACAGCAGCCGUCCCCGCAGGCAUCCGCCCUGAAGAAGCUGGCUCAGAAAGAGAGUCGCGUCCUCGGCCGGCAGCGAGAAGCGGAAUCUCAUACCCCGAUCCCGGGCUCGGCCUCAGGGCCCCCUCCAUCGCGGCGAAGCGGUCGGGGUACGACACCCUCGGUGGGGGCCGAGGUGACCGGGUCUCCUCAGGCAGGUUCCAGCUCCCGGUUCUCGUGGAGCCAAAGCAUGGACAGCAAUGAAGAGGAGGCCCUGGAGCGGAUGCUCAGCCAAAAAAGUCAGAGGUCGGCCUCCCCUUCGGCCCACCUCCCCUGCAGAGACGGUCCCUCCUUGAGCACCCGAGCUGAGGUCCCCCUCGUCCCCUCAGGAUGCCGCUUUUCCGGGCCACCGGCACCCUCCUCUGAUUUGUCCGGGUCAGCCCUGGAGGAGAUUCUCUCGCUGGAAGAACUUUUCCCGCUCGGAUGUGACAACGCUGCCGAGUCCAGCCGAGCGCCCUCGCAAUCGGACCUUGAUGUGGACGUGAAGACCUUGGAAGAUGUUGGCUCCGCCUGCUUCGGAAACACAUCAGAAGAACAAAUGCAGGUGCAGGACGAGCGCGGUGACGGAGACUCAGUCCAAAUGGUCGACUACGAAAGUGACUUCGAAAGCACCGAACGGACAGAAACAGGUCACCGGGGCAGCAGCGGACGUGUCACGUGCGCACACGCAAGCAUGCCUGUGUCGGAGCGCCUGCCGUACGAUGAUGAGGUAUCGGAAACUGUCGGGUCGGCAGCGGCGUGCAAGCAUUAUUCAUCCAAGGCCAGUACAAAAGAAAGGGACACGACGUGUACGUCCCGGACGGUCUUGUCGGCGUCCGGCACUCCCGCGUCACACGCCGGAUCUUUUGGCUGCGAGUCCCUUCCUUCCUCCUCACCAUCACCCGGCGAGCGUUUUAAAGACACGGCGGCGCAGACCGACACCGACGUCUGGUCAGCGCCACACCCGCCCUCCUUGGCGCUGAAUGACCUGCUGCGGGGGCAGCUGUCUGUCACACGCCGCUUGGCGAGAAGCAGCCGCAGGAAACGUGACGACGUCAUCGACAGCCUGGGCCCGCCCACCUACGCCUACGCCACGUUGCACCAAACCAUGGAGCUCAUCGGUCAAACAAAGGCGGCCAGAGUGAGCGAGGCCCACACGUGACUGCUUGUUGUGGACGUCCAAUUUCCGAGCGGAUGAUCGUCUUCUCUUUCCCUCCCCGACCGGGACACUGCCAUGAUGCCUUUAGUGUUAUUGGCGCAAUAUUUUGCAGCCAUGGUGUUUGGCGUCAUUGAAUUUGAUUAAAAACAUGCUUUCUCAAU